UUCUAAAAAUGCCAAACCCAAGAAUCCAAAAGCAGAAAUGCUAAUAAAAUACAGCAUUCUCUCACAUGCAUGCACCUGAGGGAGUGUUCCCUCGUAAAUCUCGGGCUGUGUUUGCUUCGUCCUUCAUCCUUCAGCCACCAACACAAACACCUUCACACGAACCCUAUAAAUAUCAGCAGUCCAUUCAUCAAGCUCUCCAACACCUCCACCGAGUGUAUUGGUUUCAGUAGAGGCUGCGGUGCUUUCAUGGCUCAGCUCAGGAGCUUCAUCGUUCUCCUCCUCGUGGUCGUCUUCGACGACCUUGUGUCGUAUGGGGAAGCAGCAUACAACAUUGCCGAUUACGGCGCCAAGUCAGAUGGCCGGACCGACUCGACCAAGUCGCUGCUCGCUGCAUGGGAAGCGGCCUGCGGCUCGGCGGGGUCGGCCACCAUGUACGUGCCGGCCGGGGACUUCUUGGUCGGCCAAGCCACCUUCGCUGGCCCAUGCAGCAGCAGCAAGAUCACCGUCCAGAUCGACGGGACGCUCGUCUCGCCGUCCGAUCUCGGCGGGCCUGGCGACUGGCUCGUGUUCCACCACGUCGAGGGCGUGUCGGUGUACGGCGGGACCGUCGACGGCCGCGGAUCCUCCCUCUGGGCCUGCAAGGCCGCCGGACGUAGCUGCGCCGCCGGAGCCUCGUCGCUAACGUUCAGGAACUCGAAGGACAUCACGAUCAGCGGGCUGACAUCGACGGACAGCGAGCUAUACCACAUCGUGAUCGACGGCUGCGAUGGCGUGACAGUGAAGAACGUCAAGAUCACGGCACCGGGGAACAGCCCCAACACCGACGGCAUCCACGUCCAAGGGUCGAGCCACGUGACGAUUACCGGGGCCAGCAUCAAGACCGGCGACGACUGCAUCUCCGUCGGGCCCGGCACCACUAACCUGUGGAUCGAACAGGUGGCGUGCGGCCCAGGCCACGGCAUAAGCAUCGGGAGCCUGGGGAAGGAGUACGACGAGGAGGGGGUGGAGAACGUGACGGUGAACACGGCGGUGUUCACGGGGACGGAGAAUGGGCUGCGGAUAAAGACAUGGGGGAGGCCGAGCCAGGGGUUCGUGAAGGGGGUGGUGUUCGAGCACGCCGUGAUGCAGAACGUCCAAAACCCCAUCAUCAUCGACCAGAACUACUGCCCCGGCGACAGAGGAUGCCCCGACCAGAGUUCCGGCGUCAGGAUCAGUGGCGUGACGUACAAUGACAUUCAUGGAUCGUCUGCAUCGGAAGUGGCGGUCAACUUCGACUGCAGCGCCAGCAACCCCUGCACCGGAAUCGGGUUACAGGACAUCAAGCUCACCUACGGGAACACGGCGGCGGAAUCAUCCUGUAAGCACGCCGAUGGCACCGCCUCCGGCUUCAUCGUGCCGCCAAGUUGUCUAUGAUGGCGAACUCCGGUUGCAGCAUUACCACGCAGCUCAUACAUAACAGUUGUAGCACUACAUGUAGACGACUCAGACACAGAUGGCUACUUGGAUGACAUAAUUUAAUGCAUACAUCAAUAUAUAUGCUCACUUGUUCACCAAAAUUACAAUAUCUGAUGUUAAAGGAAGGCUUCAGAUUAAGCAGCACAGAAAAUAUUCUCCUAUAAAAGCAAAAAAAAAAAGGAGGGUACAUUAAGCUCGGAUUCGGCAUCUAAUUGUUUCUGAAGCAUACUCCUGGAUCCACAGUAGA